AUGGCCUCACCCACCACGCACCCCCUCAACACCGACAGCGUACCCCGCGACACAAUAACCCUCACCAACCUUCAACUCCCCCACGGCAUAACCGCCCCUGACGUCUGGGGAAAACCCAAAGAACAGCCCGCGCUCAUCUCCCUCUCGCUGCAACUCCAAGGCCGGGGCUUCGGGACCGCGGCGCAGGGCGACAAGUUAGAUGACUCGACGAUUCACUAUGGCGAACUCGCGAAGAAGAUCCGGGCUGGGUGUGUGGAGGGGCAGACGGCGGGGGAGUUGGGCGGGGUGGUGGAGGGGUGUGUGUUGGAGAUGGGGAUGAAAGAUGGUGGGAAGAGGUUUAUUGUGGCGCGGGCGGAGGUGGAGGUGCGUUUGCCUAAGGCGAGUAUGUUUGGGGAUGGAGGGGUGACGCUCACGACGAGCACGGCGUAUGAUGGGGCGGGGAAGGUGGUGGGGGUCGGGAGGGUGUUUGGGGUGAAGGGGAUUAAGGUCAUGACGUUGAUUGGGGUGAAUGGGUAUGAGCGGAGUCAGAAGCAGCCGUUGGUGGUGAGUGUGUUGUUGCAUUUGAGGAGUGAGGUGCAGAGUACGGGGUCGGGGGAGACGGUGGCGUUGUUUAAUUUGGAGCAGACGCUUGUGCAGAUCAUCCAAGAUACCUCGUUCGAGACGCUCGAGACGCUGGCGGAUUUCACGGUGGUGCAGCUGAGGAAGAAGAUGCUGGAUUCGGUGUUGCCUGGGACAAGAGUGCAGUUGAGGAUUGAGAAGCCUAGGGCUAUUGCGUGGGCAGAUGCUCCAGCUGUUGAAGUGCUGCGAGAUGUGCCGUCGAAGAGGUCGAGCAAUGUCGUCAGUACAGGUCAGGGGAAAGCAAGAGAGGGCAGUCGUCCUGCUACGGCAACGUCAUCCACAUUGGAGAGGAGAGACAUGGCUGGCCCAAAAGAGAGGUUGAGCAUCAUCAAGCCGUACAGUGGCUGA